GAUGCAUUCCACCCACACCAAGUCCAAAGAAAUCCAACGGCGCUACGAUACCUACCGAAAGAAGAGAAAGCGUCCUUCCCACGUUGCUGUCGUUCCCACCAUGGAAUCCCCCGUCGCCGGAGAAGACAAGUGCCCCAACCCCCCCGCCUCCGCUUCUCACGGCUUCAUAUCCGUCAUCGGCCGGAGGAGGGUGAUGGAGGACGCCGUCAAGGUCGUUCCCGCUUUCGUGGCUGCGGAACAGCGUUCCUGCGGCUACGACUUCUUCGCGGUUUACGACGGUCACGGUGGGACGAUGGUGGCGAAUGCUUGCCGCGACAGGCUGCACGUGCUGGUGGCGGAGGAAGUGAAGGAGAGCGCGGAGAAGGGUUUGGAUUGGUGUAAGGUGAUGUGUUCGUGUUUCAUGAAGAUGGACGGGGAAAUCGGAGUUGGUGGCGAUGAGGCGGAGGAAGAUGGCGGCGGGAACACGGUGGGUUCGACGGCGGCGGUGGUGGUGGUGGGGAAGGAGGAGAUUGUGGUGGCGAAUUGUGGUGACUCGAGGGCGGUGUUGUGUCGUGGCGGUGUAGCUGUGCCACUUUCACGUGAUCACAAGCCUGAUCUUCCAGACGAAAAAGAGAGGAUUGAAGCCGCCGGUGGAAGAGUCAUCAAUUGGAAUGGGAAUCGAGUUUUGGGAGUACUUGCUACUUCCAGAUCCAUAGGGGAUCACUGCAUGAAGCCUUUUGUGAUUUCUCAACCAGAGACCAACGUAUACGCGCGAACAGAGUCAGAUGAGUUUGUUGUAGUGGCCAGUGACGGCCUAUGGGAUGUUGUAUCAAACAAGUUUGUUUGUGAGGUCGUGAGAAGUUGUCUCCAUGGCCAAAUGAGAAGAAAUUUAAAACAAGACUCUAUUAUAAGUUACGCCACAGAGGCCGCAGCGUUAUUAGCAGAGUUGGCUAUGGCACGGGGAAGCAAAGACAACAUCAGUGUUAUAGUCAUUCAGCUCAAGGAUACAACUUGA